AUGGUCCACCUGGAGGCAAUUCGAUCGUUGUGGUGUGUCUUUGUCGCCUUGUCUUGCCGGCUCAUUCUCCGUGCAACGGUGGACAUCUCGAUACGUUAUCAUUCACCAAACGAACGCGUUCCGAUUGGAACUGUUGCACGGCAAUGCAGGCCGCACGCAUGCAGCGCCCCCUUGGUACACUCUGAAUUGCUCGGUCCUACGUACCGUACUCUUCUCGAUCUAGAUCACUAA